UGUAGGGCGCUAGACAUGUAUGGUAGUGCUGCGUGCGCCUCUAGGCCCCGUCUCCCAGAAACCAUACAGAAAGCCCGAGUAUCAGGGAUAAUGUUUGUGUCCUGUUAUGUAAAUUUAAGUUUUUGUCGUGCUUUGGCAGAAUUCACAUGGCAACGUAACCACGUGACCGUUUUAUACUACUGUGAUUACUGUGACACAUACCUUACACAUGACUCUCCGUCAGUCCGAAAGACACACUGCCAGGGAAGAAAACAUAAAGAAAAUGUAAAGAUAUACUAUCAAAAAUGGAUGGAGGAACAGGCGCAAAAUCUUAUUGAUGCCACAACUGCUGCAUUUAAGGCUGGCAAGAUCCCCAAAGGAGCAGCAAUUCCUCCACCAGCAAAUAUGCAGGGAGGACCUGGUGGUCCUGGAGGUCCCAAUGGACCAGGAGGCCCAGGGGGACCACCUAACAUGGCUGGACCAGGAGGCCCACCAAGAGGACCAGGGAUGGGCAACAUGGGUCCACCAGGAAUGGCAGGAGCAAAUAUGGGGAUGCCUCCUAUGGGUCCUAGAGGUCCUAUGAUGGGUCCACCAAUGAUGGGACCUCCAGGGCCUGGAAUGCCACCGGGUAUGAUGCCAGGUAUGCGCCCUCCAAUGGGUGGACCAAUGGGUCCUAUGAUGAUGGGUCCAGGAGGCAUGCGGCCCCCCAUGAUGGCUGGACCACCUCAGAUAAGGCAAUAAUGGUCAUGAAGAUUAAUUUCAGGCAAAUAAUGCUGCUGUAAUAGUAUAAGAGAAAAAAAAAGUUUGUCAUGCUUUAAUGCAAAAAAGGCAAGUCAUUUUACCUAAUGCUAAUAUUUAGCAUUAUUAAGUAUAUCUAACUCAAGGAACAUGGAAGUAAACCCCUUUUUCAUGAACUUUUUGACCAGUUUGUUAAAAAACUUAUAUAGCCUUAUGGAGGUCAGGACAGGAUCUUUUUUACCUUGUGUAUUUUUAUGGUUAAAAGCUUACAUAUUUUGCUUUACAAAAUUUGAAUAAAGUACAAAUGAAAGAAAGGCUUCAUCAGUCAUGAAUAUUAUGUAUGGUAUUUAUGAAAAUUAAAAUUUUUUUUUUCUUCUCUGUAUCAAAUUAGAAAUUUAUGAAUGUUAUUUUAGUAGACUCACUGGAAAUGUGUUUUUGUGAAUUACAUUUUCAUUAAUCAGU